CGCGCAUUGAAUAGUGAGGAGCUGUCUCCGAAUUGUUGGCACAAUGACUAGGCAGUGUCCGAGAAUGAACGAUCGCCUGGCUGGCGAAUUCUUGGAACCCUUGUGUGUUAACCCAACUUUUCUUACAUGUCAUCCAUGUAUAAUGAGUCCUUUGGCUAAAGAACAUAGAUCUCGUCCAGGUUUGACGGAACGCUUUGAAUUGUUUAUGCUAAAUAAAGAACUUUGUAAUGCAUAUACAGAGCUGAAUGAUCCAGUUGUACAACGUGAACGAUUCUUGGAACAGGCUAAAGUAGGACAAGGCAGCAGGCGACGCUGAAGCCAUGGUGACGGAUGAACAGUUUCCCACGGCUUUAGGUUACGGUCUUCCGCCAACUGCAGGUUGGGGUCUCGGUAUUGAUAGAUUAACUAUGUUCCUGACAAAUACAAAUAACAUUAAGGAAGUUAUCUUGUUCCCUGCUAUGAAACCUGAAGCCAACAGUGCCGCACCCCUAAAUCCAACGUCUGAAAAGCCACAAGAUAAUAAGUCUUCUGUUUCUGUUAAUAGUUACAUACCAGCUGAACUGUUAAGCAAUACUGAAAAUUUACCAGAUAAUACUGUACUUUUGGAUAGCAGUAAUUUAUCGCCUAAAUCAUCAUUAUCACCUCAAAUCAAAGUAUCACCAGUACCAACUUCAAAAACACAAAAUUCUCCAAGUCAAGAAACUAGUGAAACGCCACCUUCCAGUACAGGUAAAGGCGGAAAGAAGAAAAAGGGACGACGAUCAUAAUUCCCAAAAAGGUUAUGACUGUUAAUGAGAAACCUGAGGUAGACAUUAAUGGUGUACUGUAAAUGCAUUUCACAAGGAUAACCUUUUGCUUAUGCUUUUUUGGUACAAAUAAAAUUUCACAUGAUCUACCUAAGUUUUGUGUUGUGUUGUUUCAUGUGUUUGUCUUAAUGAAACACUUUAUCCACGUUUAUCUUUGUGAUAGAAUACAUGCUUGAUUUUUGUCACAUAAGCGUAUUAACACUGUCCGAGCACUUGUCACAUAUAACACUGGUUUAAAAGGUAACAAAUUACUACUCAUACGACAGAUAUUUAGGGUACAAUCAUGUUUAUUUUAUCGGUUUCAUGGAGUGUGUAAUUGAAAUUUCCAGAUAAGCGUUCGAUUACUCAAAUGUUAAUCUAUGUUCAUGUCGAACAAUGUGUUAUCGUUGAAGCAGUGUAAUCUUACCAUUCAUACUUAUGGAGGCAGAUAAACAGUAAGAUCUGGUAGUAAUCUGUGUCUGUCUAGGUUAAUAUUCUCCACAAUAUAGUAAUCAAUUUAUUCACUAGGUACUUGCGUAUGAACACACUCUAAAUGUAAGAGUUACCGACACUAUUGCGGUUGCCCAAACUUAAUUAGAAGGAGUUGAUUUUUAAUUAGAGAAUUGAUGGUCAAAAUUUGACAUGGUAGGACCUUGGGGAACGGUUGUUCCAGCCAGUGUAGCUCGGUUGCUCCAUCACGAUGGGCAAGCCCGA